CCUACCUUCUUCUCUAACAGUCUCCAAUUAUAUCUUCAAAACAGAGCAUAACUGCAUAAACAAUUCAAGAAUAUAACAAUGGCAACCAACGAGGAUCAAAAGCAAACUGAAUCUGGAAGACACGCAGAGGUUGGUCACAAAAGUCUUCUACAGAGUGAUGCUCUUUUCCAGUAUAUUUUAGAGACCAGUGUCUUCCCAAGAGAACAUGAAGCCAUGAAAGAGUUGAGAGAGGUCACAGCAAAACAUCCAUGGAACAUCAUGACAACCUCUGCAGAUGAAGGACAAUUUUUGAGCAUGCUCCUUAAACUUAUCAAUGCUAAGAAUACCAUGGAAAUUGGUGUCUACACCGGUUACUCCCUCCUUGCCACUGCCCUUGCUCUUCCUGAAGAUGGAAAGAUUUUGGCCAUGGACAUUAACAAGGAGAAUUACGAAUUGGGUCUACCAGUAAUUAAAAAAGCUGGUGUUGAUCACAAAAUUGAUUUUAGAGAAGGCCCUGCUCUACCAGUUCUUGAUGAAUUGAUUAAAGAUGAAAAAAAUCAUGGUAGCUACGAUUUCAUUUUUGUGGAUGCUGACAAGGACAAUUACCUCAACUACCACAAGAGGUUGAUUGAUCUUGUUAAAGUGGGAGGUGUGAUCGGCUACGACAACACCUUAUGGAAUGGAUCUGUGGUAGCACCCCCUGAUGCUCCUCUAAGGAAGUAUGUUAGGUAUUAUAGGGAUUUUGUUUUGGAGCUUAACAAGGCUUUGGCUGUGGACCCUAGGAUUGAAAUCUGUAUGCUUCCUGUUGGUGAUGGAAUCACUAUCUGCCGUCGGAUCAAGUAAUUGAUUUGUGUGUGCACAAUUAUGUAAUGUAAUGCUCCACAUUAUUGAACAUUAUUUUGUGGAAGCUAAAAAGCAUUUAAAAAUCAUCAAGUCUUGUUGUCUUUUUUAUUUUUCUUCAAAAUAUUUGUGUUUGUAAUUUUCUCUUGUUAUUGAUAUUGAAAUGGAGAAUAAUUGAAAGUUAUAUAUUCUUUGCCUUA